AUGCAGGUUGCCGCUGACACUGACGUAAACCUUGUCAAACAGCGCGACGGGGCUGGUAUGAAAUACCUGGCCUUGGCAGGCAAGAUCUCUAAAGUCCAGCAAACGCCGCCCAGUGUGCAGCCCGUGUUGCCAGGUGGAGUUGCGCCGGUCACGCCAGUCAACCCGACAGGGCCUCAGCCAGGCACUACUGUCACCCCACCUUUUGCCACUCCUCCAGCCAGUGAAGGUGGUCCAAUCACCCAAGACCCUGGAAAUAACCCUACUGGAACCUCAGCUUCAACAGAUGGCAAUCAAUUUACCAUCAGGAUCGUUAACAAUCACACCGAAACCAUCUGGCCAGCCAUUGGCUUUGACACCCAGACCGAUCCCGCGGUCCUCCAGGGCUUCAAAGGUGGGUUCCAGUUGAAACCCGGACAGUCGCACGAUAUUCUCUUGCCUUUGAAUAAGAUGCUCAGCGGAGGUCGCAUCUGGGCUCGCACAGGGUGCACUGGCAGCGGGGAACAACUGACCUGCGCGGUGGGCAAUUGCCACACAAACACAUUGGAAUGUAAGCAGGAUACGGGUGUCCAGAGUGUGACGCUCGCGGAAUUCACCUUGACCGCCGGGGGUGAUAUCUGGUACAACAACAGCUUGCUUUCAGGUAAGAACCUAGGCGUCACGAUCUCGACAAAUGGCACUCCAAACGCUGAGGCCAUGUGUGAGACUUUCCCGUGCACGGAUUCUGCAAUUUGCCAGGGAUACGUUAACGACCCUAACACCGGACCUGUUGGCAAAUGUACGGUCGCUCAAAGCAAAGUUUUCACUGUUGCGUUCAAUUAG